UACUAAAAAGUAUAUUCAGUAUAUUUAGUACUGAAUAUACUGCUCAAGUGUGGUACAAUACAAUGACUGAUAUUUGUUGUUAGGUUUAGGAAGCAGUGCAGAUUACUUUUAAAAUGUGGAUUGAUUUCGCUGUGUUACUGUUUUGUUUACUGACACCAACAAAAGCGUGUGAAGAAUUUGAAUUUCAAACAAUUGAGAUUCUUCAAAGAUUCGAAUGGGAACGAACUAUCUUACCAUUAACAACAGCAGAUGCAAAGAAUAACCAAUGGCAAAGAGUUGCGCAUCAUUGGACUUACAAUUUGGAAAUAUACCGGUACUCAAACAUCAACAACUUCUUCAUAUUCUUCUAUGCUGAUCAACUUGUGGGAGUUGGACUUGCUUACAAACCAGACUCAGAAUCUCAGGAAGUAAUAACUAAUGAAGAGUAUCAGGAAAAUGUAGAGAAGAAAGGGAGAACCAAGGCCCUAAAAAAGUAUUUAAAAAUAAAGGCCAACAAUAUUUUGAGCGAUGCGAAAAAUCUUGGAAAAAGAUAUAUGUUUAAACAUACAGUGACUGUGGACCACAGGAAGUUUAGAUACGCAAUGGUUCUCUUUGUAAAUCCAGAUGAACUGGAGCGAGGAAGUACACCGAUCUGUUUCACUCAAUUCAUACAUUUUGAAGGAAGGAAUGAGGGGCAUUGGCAUAAAGUCCCCAUUUUGAAGGUAAAAAUUCCUGAUGUUGAACCAAGAAUGAAUGAACAAGGCUGCCAGAAUAAGUUUGGUCGCUACUAUUUCUACAGCCUAGAUGAUAAAACUUCAUGCAGAGAACUUCACGGGUUCUACUGUUUCUAUGGUGAUAACGGAGAGAUGAAUGGAUUUGGAGUGUUCACUCAUGGAAUGGAUGUAAUCUAUGAGAGCAACGACCAUCCGCACCCAGUGUUUCGAUUUUGGAACACCGCUCUAGUCAAAGAAAUAAUACCUCAUAAUGCAAGGUGUAUCGGCGAGAAAUCGUGGGACGGCUAUUUUACUACUGUUAUUUUCCUAAAACCAAACACGGAAACUGAUAAAUUCAAGUGUAACGACAAAGGUGGCAGCAGUCAGUUGCAUUAACCUACAUCCAAAAACCUCUGAAUAGUUAUCCUUGACUAUUAAUACAACUUCAGUAUCCAAUAGUCAA